AUGAUUCCAUCAACCGAUGAAGAGUUCAAGUUGGCCAUCCAGGCAUUGAAGUCUUCGACCAAGGCGAUUGAGCGGCGUACUCGGACUCUCCACGCACAGGAUGCUCACCUAAAACACCUCAGGGCCGUUGAGGAGGCUGGUAAUGCACGAAAAGCCCGACAAGAGCAAUACCUCGAUCAAAAGUAUGCCGCCAAGGUCCAGCAUGUUAAGUUCGCUAAUGAACAAAUUUUCGAAGCUCUCAGGUCAGAUCUUCGAGCCGAGUCUGAUCGUACUGCCAAAGACGUCAAAUCAGCUCCCGCGAUGGUCACAGGACUUCUAAACUCAGACGACCGCGUGCUUUCAGAGAUCAAUGACCUCUUAUCCUCCGGCAUUCAGCAGGAAUGCCCAAUCAACCUUGAUGCAUUAACUGAUCGAGUGAACAGGCUUACGCGCGCCUUGCAGUAUUUCCGUGCGAAGACAGUCAAAGAUCGUCUUGAUCGUACGUAUCUGGAAUCACUCGGCGGCACAGACACUGCCAGUAAUGCUCAGGCCGUGGCUGGUGGUACGGUCGAUGCCGUUCGAGAAGACCUAGGCUCUCUGUAUUCAGAGAUCGAUGAUGUCGUGGGAAUGGUGGUGGCUCAGGAACAUGGAAACGCACUUCAUGCUGCUCUCCAGAGUGUCCGGCGGGUGCGGAAGCAGGACAACCGAAGGCUCAAUGAAGAGGUCUACGCAAAACUUUGCUCUCUUACAGAAACACUUGUCAAUGUUUCGAAGAAGCUAGAAAACCUGCAAUCUCGACGACUCAGCUUGCACGAAUUUGACAUGCAACUCAAGUGUUUUGAAACCAGCGCUCGCUCUAAUGCAAAGCCAGUAAUCGUGCCCGCCGGUGCAGAACCGAAGGAUACUGUCGCCCCCGCUGCCCUGACUUUGGUCCAACAUCUCGGCCUCUCGUCAGGAAGCAGCGAUAGCAAGAUAUCUGAUAUCUCGGCAGUUAGGGGCCAACUCGACAACCUCACUUCAACUUUAAGUUGUCAGUCGGCAGGGAACAUCCUCCGAAUCCUUCAGUUAUCGGAACAAGCGGCUGCAAAGGGACGUGUGGCGGUGCGGCGUGCCUCGGAUGCAGUGGCGUCGCAUGAUUCGCAUGAGAUUGAUGUGCGUGAACUGGAGGGGAUGAUUGCCGCCGCGAAGGCGGAGAUGGAAAGAGUAAUCACCUGA